UAGUAUGUUAACUUGAUAUGUUGGUCAUCUUCAGAUGGUUUGUGUUGAUUUUCAGUGUUUGUACAGAGAAGAAGCAAAAGAGAUAACCCUAACCCAUUCUCAGACACCUCUAAAACCAACACCACUGACGGAAAGUCAGCAGCAGCUUUCAGCACUGACAGAGUGAAGGUUCUGGAUUUCAGCAGAUAGAAACAUGCAGUGGACUGUCCAGGUCAUCGUGGUUCUCCUGAACAUAGCAUGGAUUGCCUUCUUUUUACAGCCUGAUCCUUUCUUAGUGUUUGUACAGAGAAGAAGCUCUGACAGCUCUGAUGAGGAGAUGCUGUUUAGACAGUUUUGUAUUCAGCCUCAUCCUGACAUGAACUGGGCUUCGACUGCACAUUCAGCCAACAUCACCUCUAAUAAAACCAACAGCACCAAGACGACAGCUGAAGAGAAAACAAAGCUCUCUUUGCAUGAAGCUCACGUCAUCAAUAAGACUGAAACUCAUGACUGUCAGUGCAACAACACACAUAUGAAACAAAGUGAUUACUCAGGGUUUUCAGAUAUCAAGUUCAGAGCUCCAGCACCAGGAUGUAAGCCUAUGAUAAUCAUGACGUUUCCCAACAAGAAGGUGUGUGUUGAUGUGGAAACCUUCUUUUCUGUCUUUGAGUCACUUGCUUCAGACUGGGAUGAGACAACUCCAGCUCCUUCUACUGCACAGAGACUGACAUCCUCAGAGGUUACUACAGCCUCUGGCUUCAUUUCCAGCAGCAGCUCAGAAGCUGCUCAUGUUACAGUGACCCGGCAGUCGAAACCUCCUGUCCAAGAAAAAGACAACGAGGACCCAACACGUUCUCCUGGUUUGACUAACUGCUGCGUAACGGUCAGCAGAAUGGAGAUUCCUUUUCACACAAUUAAAGGAUUUAUGGUACAGCAACGCUUCGGUGUGUGUGUUACAGCUAUUAUUUUCUUCACAAAUGAUGGCCAAAUAUUCUGUACUUAUGUACGGGCUCCAUGGGUGAGGAAGGCAUUGAUAAGACUUCAUAAAAUAAAUAAAGCACGUGAGCAAGCUGAGGGAAAGGUGGAAACAACCUCUGCCACUGUUGAAUAGAGUAUGAAUAGAGAAUAAAGAGGAAUUGACAAAAACAAAAAUAAGUGUAAGCUAAAGAGUAACAAUCAUUUUGUUCUGUUCUUUUUGCUCAUUUAGGUUUUCCUUCUGUCAGACCUCACAUUGACUUCAUACAGUUUCCAUUCAACAAGUUAUUUACUUAUAAUGAGAGAUAAGAAAAUAUUGAUUGCAUAAUACUCUUGCGUCAUAGACUAGUGUGUUGAAACCUGUGUGAAGUGUGUGGGUGUGUUACUAAUGUAGGCUCUGGAAACGUACAUAUCUAAUGGAUUUUUAGAAUACUGCUACUGAUAUUUGCUACAUAUAUUUCUUCUAGAUUGCUCCUCUUAAUUGUACACUGAUGAUACAUACAGCUCAAUUAAAUAUGAUUUCUUUCAUUUUAGUACAAGUUUGAGCCUCAUUUUGCUUUUUUUAUAUUUUAUAUGUUUCAUAUUGUUUGUAUGUUUGUAAGUGUUUUUAUCACUUGUGCUGUAUAUUCUCAUUCUCAGUAUUACAUUUCUUACU